UUAAAAAUGGCGGCUCUUCACCUUUUAAAGUUGAUUAUUGACACUUUUUUAAAGUAUAGUUAAAUAUUAACGACGUGAUUUUUAAACAUCAAUGCAAAAAUGAGAGCAAGGUCACCGUGUGGUCUACUGGAAUGCAUACGAGGUAUGGCCCUUUACAGGAGUUCUGGCUAUAUUGGAGGAAAAUGGAAAAACUGCGAGGCCAAGUUUUCAGUUUACAAUCCUGCGACAGGUCAAGAAAUCGGGAGAGUGUCUGAUAUGGGGAGAGAAGAUGCCGAGGAAGCCGUGAAACAGGCGUAUGAUGCAUUUAAAGUCUGGAAAAAUGUGACAACAAAGGAGCGAAGUCAGAAACUACGCAACUGGUAUGACCUUAUUGUGAAGCAUGAAGAAGAUUUGGCUAAAAUGUUAACAUCGGAACAGGGAAAACCAUUGUUUGAAGCUAAGGGUGAAAUCAAGUAUGGUGCUUCAUAUGUUGAAUGGUUUGCGGAGGAGGCUAAGAGGAUCUAUGGUGAUAUCAUUCCUUCACCUGCUUCUUCACGGAGGUUAUUUUCUAUCAAACAACCUGUUGGGGUUGCUGCCCUUUGGACUCCGUGGAAUUUUCCCGUUGCGAUGAUCACUCGUAAGGCCGCUGCGGCAUUGGCUGCAGGAUGCACAGUGAUUAUAAAACCAUCAGAGGAAACUCCUUUCUGUGCCCUAGCUCUGCAGAAGCUGGCUGAAGAGGCAGGCUUUCCACCUGGUGUGGUCAACACGAUUCCUUGUUCCCGUGACAAUGUGAAUCAAGUCACAGAUGCACUUCUUGGUAAUGACAUUGUGGCUAAAAUGUCAUUUACUGGCUCUACUGCAACUGGAAAGCUACUCAUGUCAAAGUGUAUUGAUCCAAUCAAGAGAGUCUCUCUGGAACUGGGUGGAAAUGCGCCAUUUAUUGUAUUUGAUUCAGCAAAUGUUGACGCAGCUGUAGCAGGAGCACUGGGUGCUAAGUUCAGACAUACUGCACAGACCUGCAUUUGUGCCAAUCGCAUCUUAGUACAGGACAAAAUUUACGACGAAUUUGCAUCUAAGUUUGCCGCGGCAGUUGAUGAACAACUGAAAGUUGGGAAUGGUAUGGAUGCAUCAUCAACGCAAGGACCACUCAUUAAUGAGAAAGCUGUGGAGAAGGUAGUGUCCAGAAAUAAGCAACUACUUCGUGUAUCAGCCAUGCCUUCAUCAAGAUUAAAAGCAUCUGGGUUGUUUAGUGAGCACCAAAGGUUUAAGACUGAAGAGGAGGCAGUGGCAAUAGCUAACGACACCUCAUCAGGAUUAGCAGGAUACUUUUACUCCCAAGAUAUGAGCCAAAUCUGGCGCGUGGCUGAGGCCAUGGAAGUGGGUAUGGUGGGAGUAAAUGAAGGAAUUAUCUCAUCAGAAAUCGCACCAUUUGGUGGCUGGAAGCAGUCCGGGUUAGGGCGAGAAGGUUCAAAGUAUGGAAUUGAGGAUUACCUCGAGAUAAAAUAUAUCUGUCUAGGAGGAAUCACUCCUUCAUAAUGGGAGAACACGAACCAAACACAAAGACGUCAUGGAACACUAAAAUCUUGAUUGGUUAAGUCUUGAUACGUAUCGAUGGACUAUAAAAAAAACAAAACAAAACAAAAAAAAAACGCCGAGGAGACUUGAAUGCAAACGUUAGACCGCAAACUUUUUAUCUCGCUGAAAGCACGUCCUACUCGGGGUUUCUUCUGAGGUUUUCUGUUUCUAGCUUAGAGUGAUAGAUGAAUUUCAUGAGGACAUAUAUUUAGUUAGUUACGUAAAGAUUCUAGGUAUGCAAACGUAAUAUAUUAAUGGCGUCUAUAAACCGAUCUGAACGGAGUCGAUUAUUUCAAGGCAUGUGGAAUCUGGCACACUCCAUCAAUUCAGCUUCCUAGCUAGUUAUUUUUGAGGAACACCGUCGCCCUCGGGCCAUUAUGUACUCGCCUUGCUCGAUAGGAAUAUCUCUUGCCAGUCGUGUCAAGUAAGCCAAUGAUCUUUCCCCCUUAAUUUGAUUGAUUUAGAUGGAAAGGAUAGAUCGUUUCAGAUGGAAAGGACUUUGCUCGCGGAGAAGCAGGAGUCUUUGGAAAGGGAAGGAAAGAAUUUUUGACUCUAAAUGUAAACCUACUACAGUCGUAGAACACUUCCUAUCCUCUCCCAACCACUCUGCUCACGAUAUGGAGCUUAUCGCCAUCGAAAAAGUGUUGUCCAAGAGAGACUCGAUCCGCAAGGCCAGGGAAGCUUUUUUAAUUUCAAGAGGCAAUACUAUUUAUCCCGAUGGCCUUAACGCUCGCGAAGAAAUGUAUUAGUGUUUUUCCUUCCACUAUUCUUACUCCUAGUUAUUUUAUUUAUUCAAUUUAUCCUACUUUACUUCUAUUUUUGUUUACUAUUUCUAUUUUGAAUUGUUAUCUCACUGUCAAUCAACUUAGUUUUACGCAUUUCCGCUAUUACAUCAUAUAGCUCUCUAAGUACCACCUUAAUUCUAUGUCAAUUCCCAGUGCACCUGAAGAAGGCUGGUUUGGCCAGCCGAAAUAUAGUGCUCCAUCUUAAAACUUA